AUGCCUAAAUUGUCAUAUUUUUUCAUAUUCGACCACCGGCUCAAAAAGCAUCCCAAGUUUUUGAAAAACCAGAUCAAGUUAGAAAUUCUGUGUGCAUUGAAGGCUAUUGGACCGAUCGAUAUUUUGGCCUUACCUCUUCAUUUAGCCCAGGUUCGUGGUCACAGCAAGUUUUUUCUCCCUAUCCUACAAUCCACCCCGGAAUGGGCCACCUUGAGAAUCAGCGACAGAGCUGUCAUUGGGGCCUAUGGAACAAUCCAUAUCGAAUCAUAG